AUGGCUUCUUAUUAUAGAAACUACUACGAUCAUCAAACUGAAUACGAUGAUGAGCAGAGCGUGGCUGACAGCCAAACUGAUCUAUACGGUUAUAAUAGCAGCAGCCAAUUUCGCCCUCAGCGACAAAAUGGACCAUCGAUGGUGUCUGCUGUAUUUGAUCGCCCUUCAAGACAAGUAAGAAAGAACAACAGAGGUCCCGUGAAUCAUAGAAGAUCCUCUUUCAUGAAUCAGGAUUUCUACUAUUUACCUGAGCAUGACCAAGGCAAUGGAUUCAACUAUACGUAUCAACAGCCUCGUCAUCCCAGACCUCGUUCAUCAUCUUACAUGGGCAACGAGCCAGCAAUAUCACCUGAUGAGUAUCAGCAAUAUUAUCAGGAUCAACAGCAACAGCAGCAACAUGGAAAAAGACGGGACUCUCAAGGGGACAAACAGUAUCAUGACUAUCCCAUCACACCAGAGGAGGAGAGAAACAACUACUUAUACCACGAUCAAUCUUUCGCAUCACCAUCGGAAGAAGUUGCCAACUAUUCAGCUGCUGUCAUGAGCCAAAACAAUGGAAUGUACACGGUACCUGAAUCACUGCACUCGGGCGCUACUCUUGAAGACGACGACGACGACGACGAUUCGUUUAUAGAAGAUACAACUACCCAACGAAAUACGCUGAUUAACUCUGAAUCGUCAGCCCCUGUUACGGAUGCUCACUAUCAACAGCAAACAAUUAGCCCUCAAGUGGAAGACCACGUUUCACCGCUGCAACUGACAUCUCCUUUCGAACCGCCGUUAACACAACAAUUACAACAGUCGGAAACUGUCAUAGAUCAGAGCAAUCCGGGUCAACCAGUGGAGAAAAAAAAGUGGUUCAAGAGUAUUGUAAGCACAGCCUUAAUUAUCAAGAAGAAGGCUCAAAAGCUUAAACGAGAUGAUGUACCCAAGGACAAUCUAGCAAUACACCAGCAACAAUUGCGACAACAACAGCAACAGGCAGUCUAUCGCAACACAUCCUCACCGUCUAUUCAAGUCAUAUCUGCUGGCAACAAUGGACUAGUAGGCGAUGUACUCGACUCCAGACAACAGCAUGAACUUGUCACGCAAUUAUACCAAUCACUACCGCCUGCUCCUGGCAGCAAUGCCGCCUUGUUACCAGAAAAGACCAAGAUUACGAGUUUGGACCGUAUUUGGGUGUUUCGACUUAUAGAAGAGCCCAAUGCUACAGCACCCCACAGCAGUUCGAUUGCAUGGAUAGGAUUCGAUUUUGAGAAUCAAAUCAAGAUUGAACAACACAUCAAGGACCUUGAAACAAGACCAGAAGAUGGCCGACUUGCCUUGUACGAUUCACAUAUUCGUCAUAAAAGUAUGCCUGUUAUUGUGACACCAAAUGAUAACAAGGGCUACUACUUUGCUGAUGUACAUCAGACGAACUUGAUUGCUCUGGAAAUUACCUUUAUUGAGAAUGACCACCAAAAGGUGACAUUUGUGUAUAGAGUUUGA